AAUUCUCUCUCUCCUCACAUUUUGUGUGACCAACUACACCUUUUCUAUAACAUGUUUUGAGCAAAUUCAGGCUUCCAUUUCCCCCACCUUGUCAUAAUGGCUAUUUCAUCACCUCAAUUACAAUUACUAAUUUUCUCCAUCUUUUCUUUCUACAUUGUUCAACUUCACGCUCUCAACAUCGGUCUUCAAGUAAAUGUAGGUCUCGGCUUGUUCAAGGAGUGUAGUAAAACGUGCGAAUCAAUGUUCUGUGAAGCACCUCCAUUUUUACGAUAUGGGAAAUAUUGUGGGCUGUUAUACACUGGAUGCCCAGGAGAGCAGCCGUGUGAUCGCUUAGACACAUGUUGUAUGCAUCAUGAUCAGUGCAUAUCAAAUAUGGGAAACGAUUACUUGAGCCAGAAAUGCAAUAAAGAAUUCUUAAAAUGUGUGGAUUCAUUCAAGAAGUCAAGGGCGCCCACAUUCAAAGGCAACACCUGUGAAAUUGGUGAUGUUAUCCAAGCUAUUAACAAUGCCAUGAAAGCUGCUAUCGUUGCAGGACGAAUUUUUGGUAAACCUUAAACACCAACCAAUUACUUAAAUUUUUAAUUGAUCGAUAUUGUUGUGUAGCAAAUUUCGAUCCCACUCUCUAUUGGCUAAGGGUUUGACUUUGACUGCAAAGGAUAAGAUUUGGGUUAUUACUA